AUGGCACCCAACAGCAACCCGCCGCCCACUUACCACGUCGUGCCCCGCUUCGACAUAGCCGCAAAGGGCGGUGCCCUCGAGCUCGGCACCGUCGUCGAGGACCUGGUGACCCUCCGCCCCCUGAAUCGGGAGUCUGUCAUUCCUAUCCGCGCGGGCAUCCGCUACCCCGCCGUCACGCACAACGGCUUCGCCGAGGGCCACGGCGGAAUCUGGGCCAAGGCCCUCGUUUUCCAGGGUGCGGGCGUCUCGGCCGACGCGUCGGCGCAGCAAGGAGAGCAGAGCACGGGGGCGUGCGAUGCGCUCGUCACGAGCUACUUCGACCCGGACGCCGACUACGUCGCCCGCACGCUCGCGUCCCGCGACGUCGACCGCUACUUCAGCGCGUCCGGGUUCGAGAACGACGUGUUCUUGGUCACGGGGCUCAAGGUAGCCAAAAAUCUGCGGUACAGUGCGACGGCGGGGGCGACGCGCGCCGUCGAUGCCGAGGCCUCCGCCGUUGUGCAGCCGAAUACCGGUGUCGCGGUGGGGGCCGGCGCGGGUGGGGCUGCCGCCGACGAGCACUCGGUGGAGUUCGAAGCGGACGACGUCGUGGUGGGGUUCCGGGUCAGCCGGUACGCGUACGUACCGGCGUCGCGGAACCCGUUUGGCAGGAAGAAAAAGAAGCUGGUAGGCACGGAUUACUUGGAUAACGCGAGGAUGCACGGCGAAGGCGGUAGAGAAGAAGUCGAAGUCGAAGUCGAAGUGCCCCGGGCGACCUAUGAGAGAGUGCCUAUUGAGGAGGAGGAGGAGGAAGCCGCGCAGAAGGAGGCGAAGACAUCUGGGGGGCUAAAUGAGCUUUGGGUUAUCCCAGCAGAACUGCGAGGCAGUUCGGUCCCAGGAGCUGUCUGA